GCGUCCCCGGCCCCUCAUCCGCGUGUUCCGUCCGCCCCAUCAGUUUAUUCCAUUUGCUUCUCCCCGAAGGAAUCCCAGCCCGGCUUCGCUCGUGCUUUACCUUGUUGGCUCUCUCUAACCUCCUCCUCCCGGUUGUUAUGCCCGGAAUCAAACCGUAGCCUAAGCUUCAGCGCGAUCCUGAUCCCCAGUUCGCCAUGGAUCGCCCGCCACAUCUCGACAUCGACCUAAACGCGCCGCCCCCGCCGUCGCCACCGCUAUCGCCGGCGCCGGCGGAUAUCCAGUCGCCUCCCCGCGAGUUCGCUGCCGCCAUCCCCGUUGUUGGUCCUCCUCCUCCUCCGCCGCCGCCGCCACCCCAGCUCCCGCCUGCCGCCAACGUGCAGGGCCACCUGCUGCUCCCUCACCAAGCCCGCGAGCUAGCGCUGGCGUACCAUCGUGCGGAAUCCUGGAGGUUAGCUGCUGCUACAGCCAGUGCGCCCGCGACCGCUGGUUCAUCGGUGGAGGUGCCGCCACCGUCGGUUCUCCAUUCACCCACUUUUGCUCCUCCGCCGCAGCCACCCCAGCUCCCGCCCCUCGCCAACGUCCACCUCAUGCGUCCUCCGCCAAUACCGUCGCCGCUGCCAGCCCCUGGCGUGGGGGUGCGGGGGCCUCCGGCGGCCGUGAAUGAAGACUGGAUGUGCCCGGAAUAUGCGAUAGGAGCCGUCAACGCCCCAGACAUCACCAGGCAAGUAAGUGUUGCUGAUGGAGCUCAUUUGACUGAAUUGGCGACUCCACAUUUUGAGGGCAUGCCGUUCAAUCAUACAACUCCUUUUGAUGGGAAUCACUUUAUGCCAGCAUUUGGUCUUCCUCAUUGUUUUAACAUGAGACAACAAUUUCCUCCUGUGGAUCAAAAUUUCAUUGCUGAUGGAAACUUAGAACACAGGUCAAAUCAAACACGCAGCAGAAGAGAUUUUCCACAAACAUCAGCAUUGCCCAAGUUUUCUAAGAAGCACAAGUUUGGAAGUUCCAGCACUUCUAUGGAGCCACCAUAAUUUCCGAAAGCAACAGCCCCGAGUCCUACAGAAGAAAGAAAUCCACCAAAGCCUCCAAAAUUUACUGCGGAAAAUUGCAACCAUCAACCACAUCAUCGCAACGCGAGUAUCUCAUUACCUAUUUCAGAUUCUGUAUCUUCAUCCCGUGUCCAUUUUAGAUGUUAUUGUUUCCUACUUGUACACCCUUUGUUUCUUUAUACUGCAGUUCUUUUAUCCUACGUUCACUUUGGCGCUGAUUUUGAUAACACUGAUUCGUUGUGUUGUUACUCUAGGUUGGCCUGCCUGUUCAAUAUCAAGAUUUCUUCAUAACUAACUUGGGAGAAAUCGAUAAACAUGCAAGCUACCACAAUUGCCACCAGAUAUGGCCAGUGGGUUUUACAUCUUACUGGCAUGAUAGAGUUACUGGUUCACUAUUUGAGUGUGAAGUGUGUGAUCGAGGGAGUUUUGCGCCUUUGUUUAAGGUCAGAAGGUUACCAUAUGUUCAGUAUUCCCCCUUCCAGAAGCCUCGACCAUUCUCUCUCCGAAUGGUGCAAGAGACGCCGCUGAAACAAAGGAAAGUAGCAGUUUUAUUGGAGAUACUGCUAAUGAUAUGGAUGAUGAUCUUUAUAUGAUGAUGGAUAUUCCCUCUGAGACCAACCAAUAUUUAUUAUCAUGUCUUGCCAAUGAUACAGAGGAUAAAAGGACUUCUUUGGGUUGCAAUGAUGUACAGAGUUCAAAUAUGAUGUCACCAAUACUAUCAUCAAAUUCUGAGAAUGUUCCACCAAGUAAA